AGGAGGGGCAACGCCGUUGCGGUACGCCUCCGUCCUCUUCCUCGCGUCGCGUCCUUUUUCCUACUCGCGGACUCGCUGCUGCGGAUCGAUCGAGAGUCGGAGAGGAAAGGCCCGGCCGCAUUCGGAGAGGGAGGGCGGGGAUGGGCGGCGCGGCGGCGGGGACCAAGUGGAUCCACCACAUCCAGCGCCUCAGCGCGGCCAAGGUGUCGGCGGAGGCGGUGGAGCGGGGCCAGAGCCGUGUCAUCGACGCCUCCCUCACCCUCAUCCGCGAGCGGGCAAAGCUCAAGGCAGAGUUGCUGCGUGCUCUGGGUGGUGUGAAAGCUUCUGCCUCACUUUUAGGGGUCCCUCUUGGUCACAACUCAUCCUUUCUACAAGGGCCUGCAUUUGCUCCUCCACGCAUAAGGGAGGCCAUUUGGUGUGGAAGCACAAACUCUAGCACAGAAGAAGGCAAAGAAUUGAAUGAUCCCCGGGUGCUAACUGAUGUUGGUGACGUCCCCAUUCAAGAGAUCCGUGACUGUGGCGUCGAAGAUGACAGAUUGAUGCAUGUAAUUAGUGAGUCUGUCAAAACAGUGAUGGAGGAGGAGCCUCUUCGACCAUUGGUGUUAGGAGGCGAUCACUCAAUAUCUUAUCCAGUGGUUAGAGCUGUGUCUGAAAAGCUUGGAGGACCUGUUGACAUUCUUCAUCUUGAUGCACAUCCAGAUAUCUAUGAUUGCUUUGAAGGAAACAAUUAUUCACAUGCCUCUUCAUUUGCCAGAAUAAUGGAAGGUGGUUAUGCCAGAAGACUUCUACAGGUUGGAUUAAGAUCAAUUACGAAGGAAGGACGCGACCAAGGGAAGAGAUUUGGUGUGGAACAGUAUGAGAUGCGGACCUUCUCAAAGGACCGGGAGAAGCUUGAGAAUCUGAAACUUGGGGAAGGUGUAAAGGGAGUGUAUGUCUCAGUUGAUGUGGACUGCCUUGACCCGGCGUUUGCUCCCGGUGUCUCUCACAUUGAGCCAGGAGGCCUCUCGUUCCGCGAUGUGCUCAACAUCCUCCAAAAUCUGCAGGGCGAUGUUGUUGCCGCCGAUGUGGUGGAGUUCAACCCACAGCGCGACACGGUGGAUGGGAUGACAGCUAUGGUUGCCGCGAAGCUGGUCCGGGAGCUCACCGCUAAGAUCUCCAAGUGAACCAUGGAGGGUCACACCAUCUUUGCUGACUCAGAAAGUGGGAUUUUCCCAGGCACAUGCUGGCAAUCAGUCUUCGCUCCUGUGUAUGAGGCAUGACCAUUUGGCAUGUGACAAGAAUAUGUUAAUUAGGUUGCAGUAGUGUUGGAAUUGAAACCUUCCUCCAUCUAAAAAAAUAUUGCAAAAUUUCUCUCCAUGUGGCAUUUGCUCGAUUCUUGGUGGUGUGCCAUAUACUAAACCAGAUGCUCUGAUUGUUAAUAAUUUUCUUAAUAUUAGGAAGUGGGGGGGGUACUAGAUCA